AUGGGUUUCUCUGACAUGCUUCGGUCUGUGUUCCUUAUUUUACUUUCUCCUGCUCUCUCAUCAGGAGAAACCCAGAAUUCCCGACUGACCGGAUAUGUCAUCACGUCACUCGGUCCUACUGGAUUCCGUGGUUGCUCCAAGGAAUGUAAUUCUUACUCAGAUUGUAAAUCAUUUAAUUUCAACCGAGUCCAUUUAUUCUGUGAAUUAUCUUAUAAAUCACGUGCUGAUGCUGAAUCAAAUUUAGUGGAGGACAAAGGAUUCGUUUAUGUGGAAAAAUCGGACCAUCAGGAUAACACGUCGACAUGCACUGGGAAAGGAAGGAGGUGUAUUUUUUCUCACAACAUGCAACGCUCUUGUGACAUUUCAAUUGUUACAAACUGUGAGUCUAUUGGAAUAAAUGGUACAACUGCUGGGAUGAAUUCUACAAUUGUUGGUUCAACAAUAGCCAUGCAGGAAGUAGACGGUAAUGAAAACAACACUGUCAACUAUUCUUUUUUGACGUGUUCCUCAGCUGGGAUUUGGAAACAGGAAAAUAAAAGCUGUCAUGGAAAAAUACUUCCUAAUUGCUAUAGUUGA